AACUUCGCAUUCUCUUUCAUUCAACUUCAGUCAUUCGAUUCAAUUGCCACUGGAGACACCACAGCCCCAGGCCCAUGUUUCCUCCUACAGGAGGCCCGCCCCUUUUGUACAGUCCCGUCAGAGCGGUCCGGUGGCCGGCAGGAUUAGCGGACCCCACAGCUUCUGCUAUGCGCUACCUUGUGACGUCAGCGAGGGAAGAGGCGGAUUCUCCCCUACUACCGGAAGACGUCCGCUUUUUUGAUUGGCUAUGCAAGACGUCCGUUAGGACGUUGUUGCCUUUCCCGUGUGCACCGUGAGCGCGGGCGUCCCCGUGGGGGGUGUGCGCAGGGGUUCCCAGACCCGGCACCAGCGCCCCAGCCCCUUCCAUCAGGGGUUCGGCUUAGGGUCGCCCCUGGUGGGCGGCUCUCGAAUCUUGGGGAAGAGCUUGAGAACCGGCAUCCCCCCAGGGCUGCGGAGGUCCUUUGGGGAGGCAGGAAAAUGGCGGCAGCAUCGGUCUCUGCGACUUCUGGUUCUCAGUUCUCGAAGAGCUUAGCCGAACCUUCAAGGUCUAAUGGAAGUGUGGCUCGCCAUUCCUCAUCUCCAUAUGUAGUAUAUCCACCUGAUAAGCCUUUCCUUAACAGUGAUCUACGACGCUCUCCAAAUAAGCCUACGUUUGCCUAUCCGGAAAGUAACAGCAGAGCCAUAUUUUCUGCUCUGAAGAAUCUUCAAGAUAAGAUUCGACGCUUAGAACUUGAAAGGAUUCAGGCAGAAGAAAGUGUGAAAACCUUAUCUAGAGAAACAAUUGAAUAUAAGAAAGUAUUGGAUGAACAGAUUCAAGAAAGAGAGAAUUCAAAGAAUGAAGAGUCAAAGCAUAAUCAAGAAUUGACAUCUCAGUUAUUAGCUGCAGAAAAUAAAUGUAAUCUUUUAGAAAAACAGUUGGAAUACAUGCGCAAUAUGAUAAAGCAUGCAGAAAUGGAAAGGACAUCUGUCUUAGAAAAACAGGUUUCUCUUGAAAGAGAACGACAACAUGAUCAAACACAUGUGCAGAGCCAGCUUGAAAAGUUAGAUCUUCUUGAACAGGAGUAUAACAAACUUACCACAAUGCAGGCCCUGGCAGAAAAAAAAAUGCAAGAGUUGGAAGCAAAACUCCGCGAAGAAGAACAGGAACGGAAACGUAUGCAAGCUAAGGCAGCCCAGUUGCAGACUGGUCUAGAAACAAAUAGAAUUAUCUUUGAAAAUAAGGCAGCUCCAUGUGUUCCCAGUGCAAGAAGAGUUAAAAAAAAGAAGUCAAAACCACCAGAAAAGAAAGGUUCUAGGAACUAUUUUACUGCACAACCACAUUAUAGAUUAUGCUUGGGGGAUAUGCCUUUUGUAGCUGGAAAGUCCACCAGUCCUAGCCAUGCUGUGGUAGCCAAUGUUCAGCAUGUCUUGCAUCUGAUGAAGCAACAUACUAAAGCCUUGUGCAAUGAUCGAGUGGUCAACAGUGUUCCUUUGGCAAAGCAAGUUUCUUCACGAAAUGGUAAAAGUAAGAAGGUGUCCGUAACGCCUCCCUCCUCCAGCAGCAUUAAUGAAGAGUUGUCAGAAGUCUUACAGACUUUACAAGAUGAAUUUGGGCAAAUGAGCUUUGAUCACCAGCAGCUUGCGAAACUUAUCCAAGAAUCCCCAACUGUGGAACUGAAAGACAACUUAGAGUGUGAGCUGGAGGCGUUAGUGGGAAGGAUGGAGGCCAAAGCUAACCAAAUAACUAAAGUUCGAAAAUACCAAGCCCAGCUGGAGAAACACAAGAUAGAGAAGCAGAAGAGGGACUUGAGGACCCCCAGAAAGACUCUUGAUGAAGAAGGAAACAGCAGCAGUCGUUCUUCUGGAAUCACGGGGACCACAAAUAAGAAGGACGUUGCCAAACCGAGACCUGGCGAAAAAAGCAGGAAAAAUCUUCAGUUGUUGAAGGACAUGCAAACCAUACAGAGUUCAUUACAAAGCAAUAGUUUGUGUUGGGAUUACUGACUGGUACCAGGUCAUAAAUUCUAUUCAGAUAAUCUGUACCUCAGAAAUCAGAUUUUGGCAAUUUACCCUCCAGGUCUCAUACUCUUAUGUUGGAAUUAAUGAAUAGCAGGUGUUAAGGGGCCCAAGCUUCAUUACACAGGCGUCCUGUGUUACGCAUCAUGACUAAAUGUUAAACCACCUAAAUGGAAACCAGGGGAGUUUUAAAGGCUAGGAAGCCACACACUCUGCAUCUUUGUUUGAGAUGAAUUUGCUGUACUGAAAUACUGCACUUUGUAAACAGAUUACCAAUUUUUUACUUGUGGGUGUGAUUUUUAAAAUAAUUCCUUAGAUAUCUAAGUAAAAUUAGGUUUAAAUUAUCAAAAUAGGAGGCUGUCCCAUAGGCAAUGUUUGCUUAAAAAGUCUCAUUUUUAAUCUUCCCCUGGCAUGAAUCGCCCAUUUCUCCUUUCCAAUACAUCCAUUAAAUAUACUUUGUUUUGACUAUGGAUACAGGUUUUCUAUGUGUAAGUAUUUAUACGAAUUUAAGAGGAUUGGUUUGUUUCACUUUUUGACAUUUUGAACACUGAUCAAUAUUAAAUACACUUCUAUUGAUAUAAUCCAUCAUUAAAAAUUUUUGAAAGACCCAAGCAUUCAUUGUCAGUUAACUGCAAAAAUUAUAAAGCAUUUUUUAAAGUAUAAACGAAUUAUUAAUGAAGUAAAUGAGGUUUCUGAGUGAAGAAAAGAGGAAGUGUUGUAUAGCAUAUGCAUAUGUUGUUUUUAAAUAAUACCUGUUUGUAAUCAUGGUAUUCAGUUCAAAGCAUUGUGGUUUUUAAUCUUAAAAACUCAGAGAAGAGCUCCUGGGACCUGUUAUCGGUGUAUAGUAUGAGUGCAGUAUUAACUGUACAUGUGCCAUUGUCAUUGUGUUAAUAAUGUAAAUCAUAAUUUUGAAUAGAUCAAGACAUGUUAGCUUUUUAUAAAUUUGCCACUGAAGUCAAUAAAGCAGCUUUAUUAAGGAAACACUGAAAUUUUCCUUAACAGCCUGUUAGCGAAGGCUAUAUUUGUUGUAAUCUCUCCAAAAAAAUGCAUUUCUAAAUAGGACAUUAACAUAUUACGAGAAACAAUAAGAAUAUAUGCUAUUAUAUAAUUUAUUUGCCUAUCUCAUGCUCACAUAGAAACUAAACCCGACAAGAUUGAACUGUCUCAAGGCCUAAAGAGUCCUAAUGAACACAUUAACCAGGUGUUAAAGAGAUUUCGUUUUUAUGCCUCCCCUGGGAUCGAAAUGGCGUUCUGGGCUUUUAUCUGGGUAACCAGCAUGAAAUGCAGUGCCUCUCUGGGCACUAAGCGUAUUAGGCCUCUUAAUUGAGUUAAUUUUUCACAGAGUUCUUGAUUUAGGGUCCUUUAAUUUGGAGCUAUUUGUGAGUGUUCUGAAAUUGUAUGUAAACCUUUGCUUGAGUGUGCGGUUUUGUAUCUUCAUUGAAUUCACAACAGUGAGUCCACAGACCCAAGGCAAUCACUGCUCUGGUGAUAUGGAAAACAUUUGUUGUGUCUCAACCACCAUUUCAAACUAUUAAACUUUUGUUAUCUCUGUGUUUGAAUUUCAGGUCAUUAAAUUGUAGGAGACUCA